AUGAACGGGGACAGGCCCACGGCCAACGGAGAGCGCAUACAAAAUGGCGUUCAGCAGGGCGCUUCAGAUUCCUCCUCACAUGUCGGACCAUUAAAACAAUCCCGGGAAGGUCAGGCUCCAUCCACAUCUACCGCUGACCGCUCCUCAAGUUAUGCGAAUGGAGUACCUCAGCCGUCUAACGGCGACUUGGGGUACAAUGCUGCAAAUGGGACCAAUCAGGCUCCUUUGGAGAUUUUGCAGCUAAUUCCCAGAGACAAUUAUCUACCCAUGGCCGCCCUUAUAAGUCGGGCUUCUCAAUCUUGCUGGAAUGGCCUAACGAAUUUGGUGGAACAGCUCGCUGCAGUACAGGUCCCAGAACAAUCUCCCGAUCAGGCAAAGGUUCUACCCAACGGUCUCCCGAACAAUCAAACCAAGGCAAACUUGGACAAAAAGGAGCGGUUACUGAAAUUUGCCAAUGACCAAAAGGCUGAUUUCAUAAAAUUGCUCGUACUCCUUCAAUGGAGCAGAGACGUCGAAGAAGUGGGCAAAACCAUUUCGAUCAAUUAUUGGCUCAUGAAACGCCGGCAAGCCUAUUGGGACACCAUUGCUUUAAUGGCCGGUUUGAAGCAGGAAUCGGCCGGUUUUCAGAUGCCGAAUCCCGAUCUUCGAGUCGCGGCUGAAGUCUUGUCAAGAGGCGAAGUGCUCAAGUUUCCCAGCCUGGGAUAUCUUCCACAAAAGGAUUUGACUAGCAAACAAAUACUUCGCCUUUUGAAAUCCUUGAACCGCCUCCUAAGCGUCAAGCUGGCCCUUUCCGACGAUCUACCUCCUCAACUUCGACAAUUCCACAUCCAUGACGGUCGCGCAACGUUCAUCGUCCCCGAUGAAUUUGAACUGGAUGUCUCCAUCCUGGACGAAAACCCCAACUCCCAGUUCCGCGUGGUGGAUUUUCGCUAUUCCUUUUCACCCUCCCCAUACAUCCCAGAUAGUUUGCAUGCCGAAAUUGAAAGGUACGCCAAUUCCAACAUCGACAGGGGUGGUCUACAAGGAUGCUACUUCUUCCUCAAGGAGUUAGCCCUAUCCUCCAAGCUGGCCGAAUACCACAAACAGGUUCUUGAAUUGGCCCGCAGUCAAUGGGCAGGUAAUCUUCGGGUUGAGUUGAUUCGACGAAAUCUCGUUGUGCAGUACUGGUCGGAGAGACAGGCAAGCAAAAGCUGGAUGGAAGUCGGGAUUGCCAGUGGCCGCGAAAAGAGAGAGGGCUCUGCACAGGUUGCUUUUCCGGUUCUUGAGAUCAAGUGGAUGCGGCAAGGCAAGAAAGUGGACUCUUUGCGGCUACGGCAGAAUGAGUCUGUUCUAUGUUUUGAAGAUAUCCUUCGCCAAAUUAUUGCUCAACAUUCGACACAAAUCCUUGAUGGCGUCUACGACAAAUUGGUGCUCGCCCCACUCUUUGCCGAAGCUGAAUUGAGCGUGGAACAGUCUCUCUCCGAUGAAGAUCCGGAGCAAUGCUCCUUGUCGAUACAACUCUCCCGGUCUUCAACUCUCCAGCUGAAAGUGGAUGCUGUCACGGGACUUCUGGUCAUCAGCCCUGUCAGCGAGAAAAGUGAACGGCUACAGUAUGAGGUGAAUCGGAUCCACGGCGUCGCCGAUGAAAUCGUCUCAAAGCUGCUCAACUUUCGAUGCAGUGUUGUGGAAUCGUCGGUGCUGGCCGGCAUCUCAGGUACCAGUUGGGAAAUCUUACGGGCGUUCAAAUUCAGCCCGGCAGAGAUCAAGGCGUUGUUUGGCGGCCCGGUGGUGAGAAUGAAUUUGUUCCGACAAUCUCAAUGGGGUGUCAGCUAUUCUCUAGCAGUGACGCAUGGGCAAGAUGGUGACCAUUGGUGGUUACUUCAGCAAAUGUCAACCAGCGGACCGAAUUCUCAGUCACGGUUUCAGGUCCUCCGUCACCAGCGAAUCGAGGCCAAAGAGGAAUUGUCUUCCGCAUAUUUCGAUCGUCUCGCCGAAUAUGCAAUGGGACUGAUCUGUCUCCGGCGCAACGCAGACUUCUUGAAGGAGAGAAAAGAGAAAUUCAACCUCCCGAGUUUCCCCCCCUUGGAGAAGAACUAUGAAUUACCGCCAAUCUCAUUUGACCUGGAUAUGGCCAGGCCAACAAAAUCUCUGCUCCAUGGUGCUGCAGCGGAGACGUUUCCUGGAGAAGCGGCCCAGAACCCGCCAUCGAAACCAGCGUGUCUCCAAAAGAGUAUCCAAGUCCGAUUUGGUGGCGUAGAUCGAACCACGAACCGAGUGACGGCGAUCGCCCAUUUCCAAAACCGAGCCAGUGCCGCUGUGUUGAAGCAUCUUGAUGAGUCGACCCUUGAUUCCGACGUGACGCUCAAUGUCGAAGAUCGAACAGUUACAAUUCGCGUGAAAACUUCUAUCACCGAAGCAGCCAUUCCGAGGAUUGUUGACAAAGCCACGGACCUAGAGAAGAUCGUUUCCACAGUUGAACAGAUUCAUCGUUUGCCCGGACUGAAGUUGAGAAGUCUUUCAAAUUCUGCAUUUACGAUAAUAUACCAUCAAGGCCUGUCGAAGGAGCUCGGUGUGUCCAUUGCCUUUGGAAGUGGUUCACAGACACCUCGGCUCGAAUUCUUCCCCUCGGAAGAUAAUCCCCAUGGUCUCCUGACAGCGCAAUACUCGAAACUCCUGGUGGCGAGCCGUGUUCCAUUUGCGACUAAAGUCCGCGACUUCUUGACCUCGUUGACAUUGACGCUUCCGUUACUCAGUUUCCUAUACAAACUGCAACGGAAGCACGGCCUUGAAGUGUCAAGAUCUCAGACAACACCUUCCCAGGAACCCGAACGUGGCCUUCGGGUGCAUGUGCUUGUGAGAAGCGCCACGGCAUUCGCGGUCCAAUACUUUACGCCGGCAAGACACGUGCCAGGAGAUGUUGGUCCAAAUUCACAGCCACAUCUGCUUGCACGAUUGGAGAUAUUGCCCCAUAUCAACGCGUCAAAGAAGCCAAUGUGGUUGGUUCGGGCGGCGCUUGAGGAAUUUCAAUCAAACUCUAGACCAUCUUAUUCGACACCGGAACUACGGACGCAGUUACGGCAGGAAAUCUUUACACGCACUGAUGGUCAGAAAUGGCUUGCUCUUGACUCAGCCGCGGCUUGCAUGGCAGAUCAACCAGAGGCUCUAUUCCAGGCAAUGCAUGAUCUUCUUUCGAAUUGGGCCACGCUAGCAGCCGAAUCUAAAGGAGAAAAAGAGGCAAAGGGGAAGGCCGAACCGAAGCCAGAGGCCACGAACAAUCUUCCAAAUGGCAAUACCAAGCCCAAUGUCGCCGGGAAAUUGCAAGCGGCCAAACUGCAGCGACCUACCAACCCGAAUGUUAGCAGGGUAGUACCUGGGAAAGGAAACCCAAACCCCCCGAAAAUUGAAGAAUAUAUUAUGCUGGAUUAA